GGGCUUUACACAUUCGUGUUGAUGUUGCACAUGUGAUAAAUCGUAAAUCUGUUCGAUACGUUUUCGGAACCAAAUGUUUUAAUACACGGCUGGACAAGAGUUGAGUGAAAAAGGUUAAGACUGUUAAGAUGACAACCUCAUUAGCCGCCCAGCUGAAAAAACUUGCAGUCCCUGAAACUCGAUCAGUUCUUAGUGGGGAUCUCAAGCAAGCCUCAUUUUUGUAUGAUGAAAAACAAGCUGCAACAUUUGAAAAGCAACAUUUUUAUAACAUUGGUGUGAAUGGGCUUCAGCAGCUGAUUGAAAAAGAUGAGAGAUUUUUGGAAUUUGAAAACAAUCUUUUCAGUCCAUCAUCCCAAUCACUACAGCGUUAUAUCCAAACCCCAGAUGUUAACAAAAAACUGGAUGAAGUCCUGGAAAAAUUUCUUUUAAGACUUUCCCCCUACAUGCAGUUGAGAGAGGCCCAUAAAGCCAUGGAAUGGAUGGUUCACAGGUAUAAUGUUCAUUUGCGUAAUGUGGAUGCUUUGAUGAUGUGUGUGUUGCCAUACCAUGAUCAAGAGCCUUUUAUCAUGGCACUGCGUCUCCUAAAACUGGACAGUAAUGAAUGUGCUAAGUGGAAGUGGCUUGAACCUGUCCAGAAGGGGGGCAGCUUUCUCUCUAAACACACUUUGACCACACAUUGUAGAGCUGCUAAAGGAUUUCUUGGCUUACUGUGCCAGCUUUUAACCCGACACAUUGAGGCAAACACAGGUGAGGAGGGUAUUCCCUCGGCCAGACACCUGCAGAAAGUGCUGACCUUUUACACCCAGACUGUGCUGGGGGCCCUCGUGGCAGCUCCACCAACAGAGUCCACUCUGUCCAUUUUAAUUCCUGCAGUCACCUCAGGGCUACAGUCACAUGACCUGCCAGAUCACAUGAUGUCCUCCUACAUGAUCCUGAGUCAAAUGUUCACGCAAACAACCCUGGCCCAGAGCCUGUUGGAGUCACUGAUGAAUGUUAUAGCAAAGAAUGUUCAAGCCAAUCUCUUGCCCAGUGCUGUAGCUGUUCUUGUCAUCAUGUUCCAGAAACAAAACGUCAGCAAAGUUACAAAAAAGUCCUUCAAAUAUUUGGUCAGACAUCCAUCUCUAACCCAGACACUGCUGGCCAUGAGUAGAGAGACAGUCACAGAGCCCUUCCUGACACCAUUGAUGCUGAUGCUGACAAAAAGGGCGCUGAAAGCUUUGGGAAACUCACUGACCAGUGACAGCAACCCAGAGGACAAUGAUGAGCCAUCCUCACCUUCUCUGAUGGCCAUGCUGGUGGACGUCUUGACUCAGGUCACCCUGGACCAGAAAACUGUUUCUGUUGUUGCUAGACAAGUUCUGGGUUGGUUCCUUAAAGAAGAUUCUGCAAUGGAGGAUGAUUCUUAUACAAUUGAACAUGAGGGGCCAUUUCAUAUUUUCAGACUUUUGGAAAAUAAGUUCCCUGCUGUGCUGGACUGUGUGAUAAAAGAGUUGAGCGCUGAGAGGAACAGUGAACAAGUGCUGAAUGUUCUCAACAGCCUGUUUGAGAGGUCAAUGCUAGCAGCUGACAGAGACCUGGUUUCUGACCCGCUGUCCUGUAUGGUCAUCUGUCUGCAUCAUCGCCAGGGCUCCGUUCGCAAGAAGGCAGUUGAAAGAUUAUUGCAAGAUACCAGCUUGAUGGAAGACAAGGCCAGUGUCCAAGCAGCUCUGACCAUAAGGCUACAGGACGAGGAUCCCGGUGUGGUCAAGGCAGUGUUGGAAAACCCUCAGCACCUAUGGGAGUUGUUUGAAGACAAAACGUUAUUGUACAACACCUUGCUAAAGAAACUGGUGGCAGCUGGGCAUAAACCUGGCGUGAAUGAAACAAGAGACUUGCUGCUGCAGUGCUUGUGCUGUGUGCCCCCCAGUGCUGUCAGUGAGAGUCAGCUGACUCUAGUGCUGCUCUCCUACCUGGUUCUUAGAGAUGAGACAGAGCUGCAGCUUGCAAGAGAUUUGUUGAACUCCCCAGUUGCCCACUCACAACACCUGUUGGCACACAUCAGAUUGUCCUGGCUUCCAGUGUUGGGCCAGCACCAGGACGACGAAGGAUUGACAGUUGUGUUUUUGAAACUUGUUGAAGCCAUUACACAAUUUAUCAUCUCCAACAGCCACCACACUGAUGACUAUCUCCAGUGCCUGUACAGAAGUUUAGAUGCCAGCCCUAGACCAGGUUCUGCAGCCCUGUUGCUGCUCCACGUCUACCAGAGGCUGAUUCAAGAAGUGGAGAGGGACCAAGAUAAAGCUGUGCUGCAGUUGCAACUUGCUGAAACCUUGCCAGAUUUAAUGGCAAGAAAGCUGAUGCUACUAAAGACCAAAAAAAAUACACCAUUAAAUUUAGCCCAAAUGUCUAAGGAGGAGAUUGUGCAAGCAACCUUGUCUCAUUUGGUUUAUCAGGGUUGUCUGCCCCUGUCACUUCUGGCAGCUCUACCUGCAAUGUUGGACCUGGCCUGUGUGCCCCAGGCUCUUAAAGACUGCCAGUUUUGGGUGCUGCCCCAAUCAGCCUUGACCCCAGAGUCUACAUGGCUCAAGACAGUGGCUGUGGUGAUCAACUUUUUAUUUGAGCUGUCUACCAAACCUAGCAGUGCUGUCCAAGAAGUUGCCAAGUGGUGCUUUGUCAAGAUGACUAAGAUUUUUGAGAGCGCCCGUGAGUUGAUGAAGUUCUUGUGCAUGAUGAUGAUGUCAAGAGACAAAGAUGGAGUCAGCUGUGUGCAGCGUGCAAGGAUGCUGCAGUUUGCCUGUGUCUACGUUACCUCCUUGACACGUGCAGAGAAGACCUUGGUCAUGUCUGAUCCUACACCUGUGCUACCCUGCCUACUUAUGCUGCUGUCCAGUAAAUUUGAACUAGUCAGGAAAACAGCCUUGACAAUCAUGGGGACAUUGAGCUCUGAGCUACCAGUGGAGGCUUCAUGCCAGUGGCUUGUUGAGAGACUACUGAGUUACAAGCAAGAGAUCACACAAGACCAAACAUUUUUCUCUACAAUUUUAGCCAGAGUUUUGGUUGGUGAGGAGAGAAAACCAUCCCAAGCCUCACCAAAACGCAAGAGGAACAACAGCAACCUACCAGCACACACCAAGACCUUGAACUAUCUCCUCCAUCUCCUGGAACUCAGUCAAACUCCUGCACUUGUCAAAGUUGGGCUGCUGACUGCACUUGACAAGCUUGAUGAUGUUGAAAGUUUCCCAUCCCUGCUGCGUGUGCUUGGUGCAGUGCUAAAGUCCAGGGAUCAGGAAGCAGCCGUGUUGACCCCUGAAGAGCAGGACAUGACAGCCCUGUUGCUCAAACACCUGACCCCAGCCACUGCUGUGUGUAUCACGGCUGAGGGCCUGAAUGUCCUGCUGACAGCACUCACCUGCCCCAUGGUGGCCGCAGGUCAGACCACCCAGCAGCUGGCUCUACACCAGCUCAGCAGCAAGUUUAUGGCUGCCCUGCCCCACCCCUCCCGCCAGAGUGUGUUUAAAGAACUUGUCAACAUUGUGACUGAUACUCGAGAUGCAGAUGUGGCUAGACAGUGUCGGAAGGUUGUCAAGCAUAUGACGUUGGAGUCAAGUUUAAUCACGGAUGAGUUGCAGUCUGUCUUGUGUGAGUCAUCAGCUGGCUCCAUACGGGAGGUGAAAAGACAAAAAAUGCAUGCGGGUAGUGUGGAGUUGGAACUAGACUGCAGGCCCUGGCAGCGUAUCAGACACCUGUUUGAGAUGAUCCAGAACAAGAAGAAAAUCCUCCAGCCUGUAGCCAUUGUUCCACUGGCCUUCAGGGUCCUGGGGAGGGUGCUGGAUGUGGAAGACAAAGGAUCUGGAGAAUACAUGAAGCAGCUGAUUCUGGGUACCAUCAGCGCCAUCUGUGCUCGCAGUCUACAGGCAGAAGAGCAUGUGAAGGGAGAGCACCUGAACAUGGAUCUGAUUGUGAAUUGUAUCAGGAGCUCAGACAACCCCCACACACACCAUCAAGCAUUGCUGCUCCUUAGCUCAGCUGCCAAGAUAGCUCCAGGUUUACUUCUACACAAUAUGAUGUCCGUGUUUACAUUUAUGGGGACCAGCAUUCUCCGCCAAGAUGACGCUUACAGCUUCCAUGUCAUUGGCAAGAUUCUGGACAAUGUUAUACCAGCUCUCAUUAUGGCUGCCCAAGAAAAAAGUAAAGACAAACCAGGCUUGAGGGAGAAGUCUGUAACCAAGGCCCAAGCUGCUGGAUGUCAGGACAUGCUGACUGUGGUGUUGCGUGUCUUUGUGGAUGCCAUCCCCCACAUCCCCUCCCACAGAAGGUUGAUGCUGUUUGAAAAGUUGGUCAGCAUCCUAGGAGCAGACAGCUACCUGUGGAGGCUGGUCUUGUUGUUCAUUGAGAGCGUCACAGUCAGGGGUACGCUGGAGGAGGUGCAUGAUGUCAAGAAUGCCGGACCACUGGCCACCACUGACCUGGAAUUCCUGACAAGUCUGACAGAGAAGUUCUCCAGCCCCCAAUUGCUGCAGUGCUAUCAGAAGGCUGUUGACUACAUGCUGAGGUUGCCUGAAGAAAAACUGGGCACUCAGGUACUCCAGCUUGACAAAGCAAGCCUGAAUCUAGAGGACAUGAGUGUGGAGGAGAUGGAGAUCUUUAGCGUGCCUUACCAUUCAGCCAAGCAGCUCAGGCAUUUUAAGUUUGCUACAGUCUUUGCUGUUCAUCAUUUGGUUGGCAGCCAACACCUAGUGGCCCAGAUGGCAGAGGCAGAGCCUAGCCUUUUCCUUAAAGGUUAUCAGAGUCUCAUGGAAACCAUUCUUCGCUUGAUUGGUCAGGUGACUGUGUCACAUGACCAACAUAAAGACACAAGUAGUGCAAGGUUUUGGAGGAUUUUACUCAAUAAAAGUCAAGAUCUCAUGGAUAGUCUUGUGAAUCUCCUGCCUGACUCCAUGUUCAUGGAAGUUGUGUCUGGUUUGAUGGGCCACAGCUUGCCGCUGGUACAGAAACGCGCCAUUGAACUCCUCAACACCAAAUUACAGCACUACAAGGACAACAUCACCAGUGGCCAGAGCAAGAUGUUGGUGACAAUGGCAGGACGGCUGAAAUGUAUUGUGCACCAGUCUCUAGUCAAGGGAGAUAAGUCUAAAGAAGAGGAUCUGCUCAUUGGCCAGACUGGCCUUUACAGCUUAAAAGUUUUGUGUCGUAUCCUGGGAGCCAAGAACCACAAACAGUUCAUUGAGGUGCUGCAAGUCUGUGUGAAAGUCUUGACCAGACAUGCAGACAAGAACGGACUGGUCUCAGCCUCCUGUAUGCUGUGUAUAGCAGAGAUAGUCAGCAGUACCACAGUCCACACAGUCCAGUAUCUGGGAGACUUCAUGCCAUUAAUCAUCCAUCAUCUGCAGUCCAAGGCCAUCACACAAAAUGAAGUUUUGCUAUUGGCAGCUGUGAGCUCCCUUCAGAAGAUGAUAGAAACACUAGCCUUGUUUCUUAGCCCCUAUCUCUUGAGCAUUUUUGUACAAGUGUGCGUCAUCCAUUCAGUUGUCAGCAGCCAGCCAGAAGCUCACAGACCUACAGUGUCACAGAAACUAAAGCUGAUAUGUGGGACCCUUGCAACAGCCACCCCAACACGAACAUUUCUUCCUGUCCUGGAGAAAAGCUUUGUCCAGUUCAAGGAACAGAUGGCAUCGUGUGCAGAAUGUGCCCUGUCCAUGCUGAAGAGCCACAUAGUGAAGAUGACCAGAGACGACUUGACCACAUUCUCAUCAGAUCUACUCAAGUUUUUCUUUUUCUGCUUCGAUCUCAGAGUUACCCAUACAGAGAUAAGUGCUGCUGACCUGGAUGUGAUAGAAGGCUGUGUCAUUGAGGCUUUUAUCUCUCUUGUCUUCAAACUCUCUGAGGCCCAGUUUAAACCUAUGUUGCUUCAGAUCUACAACUGGGCUGUUGAAGAAGAUGUUGCCAAAGAGAGGGUCUUGUUCUUCUACAGACUAUGUGAUGGCCUUGCAGGGAAGUUAAAGAAUUUGUUUACAUUGUUUGCUGGCCACAUUCUCAAACACAGUGCACAGUUGUUGGAUGGGAACCACAAGAUGAAGAAAUAUAACUACUUUGGCAAAGACAAGGUUGCCAGAGGCAAGUCCUGCCGUCUGCUGCUCUAUGUGCUGGACUGUCUGCAGAAGACUUUUGCUCAUGACACUGAAGGUUUCCUGACUAAAGAAAGAUUUGAUGUGGUCAUGCAGCCUUUGGUGGACCAGCUUGAGAACACCCUGGGUAAAACAUCCGUGUGUUCCACCCGCAUCACAGACCACGUCAUCCCUUGUCUAGCAAGUCUGGCAGCUGCAGCUCAAGAUGAUUCACUCUGGAAGGAUUUGAACUAUCAAAUUCUGCUGAAAACACGCCAUGAAAACCCACAGGUGAAAAUUUGGGCCCUAUCUGCACUUGAUGCCUUCCAUAAACAACUGGGUGAGGACUACACUCAGCUGGUGCCAGAGACCAUACCAUUCAUGGCAGAGCUCAUGGAAGAUGAGUCUGAUGAGGUGGAGAAACAGACACAGAAAGUUCUUGCUGCCAUGGAGAUCUCAGUUGGAGAAAAUCUACAAGAAUAUUUCUAGCUUCAAUUUGGUACAGCUCUCUCAUCUAUUGAGUCAAAUUUGGUACAGCUCUGUCAUCUAUUGAGUCAAAUUUGGUACAGCUCUGUCAUCUAUUGAGUCAAAUUUGGUACAGCUCUGUCAUCUAUUGAGUCAAAUUUGGUACAGAGCUGUCAUCUAUUGAGUCAAAUCAAUUUGAUACAGCUCUGUCAUCUAUUGAGUCAAAUUUGGUACAGAUCUAUCAUCUAUUGAGUCAAAUCAAUUUGAGUUUGUUUUUCUAUCAAUGGAUGCAUAGUAAACAUGUUUGAAUGAUAUAUUUUUAAAUUUGAAUAAAAUUAUU